AAAGGCUAAAGUCCUCAGAAGGAUGUGGCUGCAGAACCUGCUUUUCCUGGGCACUGUGGUCUGCAGCAUCUCUGCACCCACCAGCUUACCCAGACCUGUCACUCGACCCUCUCGGCACGUGGAUGCCAUCCAAGAGGCCCUGAGCCUUCUGAACAAAAGUAGUGAUGAGACUGCUGUGAUGAAUGAACCAGUAAAAGUUGUCUCUGGAAUGUUUGACCGCCAGGAGCCGACAUGCCUGCAGACGCGCAUACAGCUGUACAGUGAAGGCCUUCGAGGCAGCCUCAUCAGCCUCAAGCAACCCUUAACCCUGAUGGCCAACCACUACAAGCAGCACUGCCUCGAAACCCCGGAAACUCCCUGUGCAAUCCAGACUAUCACCUUCAGAAGUUUCAAAGAAAAUCUGAAGGAAUUUCUGUUUAACAUCCCCUUUGACUGCUGGCAGCCAGAAGCAACAGAGGCCGGUCCAACCAGGAGCCAGCCCUGAGAGUGUAGUUCCCGAACCACUGCACUCCUACCCAAGGACUGCUGAAACUCAGGAUCUUCACCUUCGAGGGACCACAGGGCGGGCCAGGGCCAGGGUGGGGGGCACGGACUUGCUCUGGGCCAUGCGGCCCUUGUUACCAGCUUGGUAUAUGGGGAAUGGGGAAUGUUUUACAUUGGCAGAGAUCAGUAAUAUUUAUUUAUAUAUUUAUGUAUUUUAAUAUUUAU